ACUGUCUUGCGCUUUCCAUACUUUUCAUUCGUUAAAAUGAUCUCGGUUGUUGUGCCAAUGUGUUUGAAUGCGAUUCGGGAUCUACAGCUUUCAAGCAUCCUUAAGGUCGGAGCUUCGUUCUUCAUGCGCCUCAGACGAAUAAUCGAGACAGACAAGACCCCACAGAUACUCGACCGGUACAGUCGGUACGAGCAACUCGCAAAUAUAUCAUCAUGCAGAAACAACGAAGACAAUAGACUUUGACUUGAUAUUGCCUUGACGCUGCUAGAUGAAUGCUACUCGUAAUCGUUGAUGAUUAUUAAUGCAGUAUGCACUGUGGAUUGUUGUUAAUUGCAACUUUAUGCAAUAACCACCAAGCUUGUGAGGUUUGUGUUUGCAAAAUCAAAGAAGUAAUAACAUCACUGACUAUUCCAGAAAACCUGAAAGAAUGGUUCACUCAUUUUCAAAGCAUGUAGUCGACAUAGUUGUAUACCGCAAAUGGAACUUAUUUUUACUGGCACUGUUGUAUCAUCGAGAUAUGGAAGUUGUAGGACACAUCUACCUUGAUCAGUGAGUUUUGCAUAGAUCAAGUACUUCUUUCUGCUUUCCUAUGGAUAUCACACGUUUUAUUGAAAUAGGAUGGCUGCAUUUUUAGAACAUUUAAGAACAGCAGUAUGCAAGACACCGUGAUCUCCAAGAAUGUCAACGAAGUGGCUAGUUAAAAACUAUAAAUACAACUUCUGUUCUACCCAAGUUUCUGAAAUUUGGAUUUUAACAUCUAUAUGAGAUACGAUUCAAGCACAAGAAGUGUCUACUUUCGAAACAUUUACAGUUGUAUCUCUCAAACGCAUCCAGAUUUUCAACUCAACGAAAAUAGAAACCUUUUUUUCAUAGAAGAAAAUUACCGUACGAUGUGUAUCAUGGUGUUUCUGAAUGGGAGCAACAUUGUAUUUGGAAACGAUAAGGAGGCAUCUCAAAGACUGCUUAGCAACGCCCUAUAGCAAUUAUGCCUCGGCAAAAAUCAGUUGUCUACAUUCGUUUAAUUUUUACGAUGACUGCAAACGUAGUUGUCAUUUAAUAUUUACCAAACUUGACAAAUGUGAUAUCUCGACUAUUGGGAAUGCAACACGUCUUUUUUGUCCUUGGGUUUAUUCAUGCGUUUUCAAUUUCCUUAAAGCUGAAAGGAUUCAUAAAAAAGUUCAGACUGCUUGCCUAUUUUGACAUGUCGUAUGCGAUACUGCGUUGAAACGCCUAAAUGAUGGAAGGUCAUAAUAUAGUUCUUGCUGUUGUCUUCUCCAUCCUUGCGGCUCUAGGGAUAUCCGGAAAUACUUUCCUCAUCACAGCCGUGUUUCUAUCCAUGAAACUCCGCAACGUCACCAACGCGUUCGUCGUCAUACUCGGUGUCUCCGACAUCAUAAACUCUUCGACACUCAUCGUCCAAGUCAUCGCUCUAGCUGGACUUCGAAGCGAUGCCUUUAUGAUCACGUGUAUAGUCGUCGGACCCAUAGCGAUCACAGUCCUCGGUGCAAGCUCGAUCAUCAUGACACUGAUCGCAUUCUGUCGCUUCGUCCUCAUUACGAAGCAACCACAUACAUUCAGACGCAUAUUCUCGAAGCGGAAUGUAAUACUGAUGGUCAGCGUUAGCUUCAUUUUACCUCUUGUUCUGACCCUUCUGUUCCUGUUUUUCGACCUUGCGACUGCAGGACUAAACGAAGACACGAUAUGUACCUUCUAUAACAGCCCGGUGUUCAAUACAGCAUGCGGUUGUGUCAUCCUUGUGUUACUCCUAAUUGUGUGUGUUCUUUACGGAAAAAUUUUCCUCUUCCUUCGACGCCAUUUUAGACAGCUGCGCAGUCUCAGCGUGCGCAGUCAUAGUACGGUACAGUUACGCGAGACAACCGUGCGCGUCAAGUCGGAAACUGGCGACUUACCACGCGUCGCAGCAACACCAGCCCAAGGUCGAAACUUAGAACUUGAAUCGAAAAUAACAAAGAACAUGGUACUUGUAUUAGUUGCCUUCGCAGUGUGUUUUGUUCCGAUGUCAGUUACUUUAUUAUUCAGCGACAGCGCCCUCCUCGGUGCAUACUGCUUUGCUAUUUUUAAUCUAUCUAGCUGUUUAAACCCGCUGCUAUUCGGAUGGAAACAUCCAGUCUUUCGUCAGGUUUUCCGUUGCAUGUUUAGAAGGAAGCUCGAGGAUAUCGAGGAACCAGCAACUUGGCUCAGAAAGAUACAACAAAGAUCAUGAAACCGAGAAAGGUGUGGUAGUGAUUCUCAAAAAUAACAAAAAAGUAGAAAACCUUCGUUAUUGUUCGUCUGCACUGUUCUUUGUCACUGUAUAAAGGUCAAAUACUCUGUUUUCAGAAUUUAGGAAGCCCAUUACCUGAUUUAAAGAAAAAUUGGUCACUUGACAAAUAAUCUUUGUAAAAUCAAACGAAAUGAAAUGUGUUUAUAUUUCAAACGUCCGGGCAUGAAUCCAAUCCAGCACCCUAAUUAGUUUACGAGUGAAUAUUGCAGCAUUUCUGUUCACCUAUGACGUCAUUCCUAUGUAAUGGAAUAGGUUUUUAGAGUGGUCUUCGACAAGCACAAAGGAAGCUAAGUAUGUCUGUUUAAAUGAGAAAAGUGGUCGGAAUAGUACCUUAUUGUGCGUUGUAAAUUUAUUGAAAGUGUACGAUUUGUUAAAUGGAUGGUUUAAUUUUAUUAGGAAUGAGCAGAGCUGUUUCGGUCUUUGUAUAACCAUUUUUACAUAAUUGCUGAGUAAACUAAUUGAAUUUAUGCCACAGAACAUGAAGGAGGUGAUGGUUAUUAAGAUGCAGGGGAUUUAUAUAUAUUGUUCAUGGCGACGAUGGUGAUGAUGAAUACCGUGAUGAUGGUAAACGUAAUCAUGAUGCUGGUGUCGAGUGUGAUGAUGAUGAUGAUACUGAUGAUGAUACUGAUGA